GCUGUGUGUAUCAGUGUAUAGUCUUGUUCCUGACAGCUAGCUAGUACCCAGCAUGCUUGUCCUGCCUUUGAUAAAUAUUUUAUGUAUAUGAUAAAAGUAACUUACAUAUGUAAUAAAAGUAAUAUACAAAUAUAAAUAUUUUUUCAUCGUAAUAUAAUCAUGUAAGAUUUUGUUCUGAAGAUUUAAUUGCAACGAGUACAAUGAUAUAAUCGGAUUAUAGAUCGGAUAAGUAACUUGAGAGAAAACUUCAUAAGAAGAUAAAAAAGACAUGUAUAACCUAAUAGCAAAAAAAUAGUUGCAUAUAUGUGAGGUGCAAUAGUACUUCUCGCACGUAUUGCGCUGUCGCCUAGCAGGAGAUGUCUCUCGAAAUAGAUUUUGCGCAAUUUAAUAUAUAUUUUUUUAGACGGAGAGGGUAAUAGUCGAGAAGGGUUGAGAGUGAAAAAAAAAAGGUGGAAAUGGAAAAUGAGGUGGGUUGCGAGUGCCAGCUGUGCGGUGGGCGGCGUGGCGUGGUGUUCUGCGGCGCCCACGGCGGGCGCCUCUGCCUCCAAUGCGACCGAGCCCUGCACCAAGCCCACGGCGGGGCCGGCGAUCACCCCCGCGCGCCGCUCUGCGACUCGUGCAACGCCGCCGCCGCCGAGCUGCGCCUCAACGACGGGGCCACGCUGUGCGGGCCGUGCGCCUACCCCUACGCCUACGCCUACCCCUACACAUACACCUACGUCUACACCGGCUGCCCCACCCCGCUGGAGAUGAUGCGCCUCCUCCAUGCCGCCCCGCCGCCGCCGCCAGCUACCUGCAGUUUACAACAACGAGGAGAAGGAGAAGAGCUACUUCCAACUCUCUUAUCUGCGACUGCGACUCCUAAUACUGCUACUGCUGCGCCAAUGGCAAUGCCACCCCCACCACUACAACACCACACCACCACCUCCCUCAUCAUGAUGAUAAGGAACAUUCACAAGCGGGAGGAGAGGAACAGAGCCAAGCUCAGGUACAAUGAUAAGAAGAAGACGAGGAAGUUCAGCAAGCAGAUCAAGUAUGCCUGCCGCAAGGCCGGAGCCGACGCACGAAAGCGGGUCAAAGGCCGAUUCGCAAAGGCCUCUUCCUCCUCCUCCUCCUCCUCCUCCUCUUCUUCUUCCAUCGAUCAUCGAUUAUGAUAACCCACGCUCUCAACUCUCAACCACAUUUCCUAUUCAAUUCCACAUCCCCUAUCUAGCGAUCAUUCUUUCAUCUUCUGGACCUUGUGUUCCGUCAUGACCAGCAAUAAUGACCUAGCAACUUCUCAGUGCGCACACUGUAAAUAAAAUCUUCCCACACCUGAGUCAUCCCAUCCCUGAUUUUUUUUUUUUUGAGAAUUUCCUUGAUUGUUUUAUGUCCCCUAUAUACUUCUGCCUGUCCUUUUUCUUUCUCUUCUUUAGAAAAAAACAAUGGACCAAUUAUAUUCUUGCUCCAUUCAAAUGAUGUAAUAAUCCUUGUAUUCAGUUUAAUUAGCUCAUUGAUACUCCUAUCCUAUGUUAAGUCCCAGCAGGUUCUGAAAUUCAAAAUCUGCAAAAUCAUCUGCCCUCAGAUCGAUACGUGAUGAGCUUCCUCAUUUCGGCAUCAUCAAGAAACUGCAGCCUGACGAUGCUGAUCACUACUACUUGAUUCUGGACAGUUAACUUGUUUUGUAAGCAGCAGCGCAGUUUUGGUUAACGGACUAUCUUGUCUCUAAUCUUGUGCAUCAGACGUACUUGAGUUAAAUAUAUGCCAUCCUGUCAAGUCAAAGUUAGUAUCUGAAAUCUAUUAGUUA